AUGAUGGUCUACUACGAUACUGGCGGCUUGCUAGCCGUCACCCUCACAUUCAUUGAUGUCCAUUCGGUAGCCACAAUUAUUCUCUCCGGAGCUCCAAACUCCUACGCCAGGUACCCGAAAUGGGUUCAUUCUUUCGAGAAUUCGCUCUCGUUCGAAUUCAAAACAAAACAAUCGCAUGGACUUUUGCUGUAUACGGACGACGGUGCCGUCAACGGCAAUUUUUACUCGAUCAGCAUCUCAGAUGGACGAAUCCAACUAGAUUUUCGACUUGGAGACAACGCGAACGAUUUUGGCUCACGAAGGCUCGUGAACACGAUCCGAAUCGAGGAGGUUCGUGUGGACGACAAUCGGUGGCAUUCGUUGGCGCUUUUUCAGUCAUGGGAAAAUGUGAAAUUAGAGCUGGAUGCGUCCUUAGUGUUCAAAAUUCUCAAUCAGAGAAGCUUCAUUUUCGGUGAUAUCCUCAAAAAUUCGGACGUGUUUGUCGGAGGAGUUCCUCAGGACACGCACGUUUUUCCAGUGAUGAGCUCUCCACUCCGUCGAUAUGCCAGACAUCUGGCCGCUAAUAUCCGAAAUAUUGUCUACCGUCUCUACCCACAAGGUGUUACCUCACCCCAACUUCUGGAUGCGCACGGUGCUCGUCAAAAUGAAGACGAUUACUGUAGGUCGACUGGUUUCAGCGGUCGCGAACAAUUCGUGUGUCACAACGGCGGGCAGUGUUACAGCACGAACGAGGGUCCGAAAUGUGACUGUGCCUUGACUGAUUACGAGGGCAAAAACUGUGAGAUUGAAAAUAUGGAUUCGGAAUUGACAUUCUCCGGUCAGGAGUGGAUCGGAUACGAUGUUUCAGCGACUUCAGCCGGAAUAUUGAAAGCAAAAGCGGAGAACUUUUCUGUAUCCUUCAAAACUGUACACGGUUCAGCAAUGAUAUUCUAUGCCGGAGCCGAAAAGGUUAACGAAAUCUCCAGUUUGAAUUUUUUAUCACGCACUGACAUGAAUUACAUGCAGUUAUACCUUGAGGAGGGUGCCUUGAUAGCGAGUUCCAAAUUUUCUGGCUCUGAACCUCGCCUGGUGCGAAUUUUCAACGUAUUGCCUAGAGCACGCUUCGACGAUGACUCGUGGCACACCGUAUCAAUGCAAAGGACCCUUCAAAUGGUAGGUUUCCUCGGUGUACUCACUUAUUUUUACUCUACUACAACCAACGGAAUUUUUCCUUAA